AUGGAGGCGUCUACAAAAAAGGGUCAGCUCAGACUGCAGCUCCUAGCGGGCGAAAACGACAUCAACACGCUAAGUGGGUUCGCUGCCUCCGGAAGACUGCAAGGUCAAAACAUGCCUGCCCACCUCCCUACAACACAGGGCCCUUAUGGCCACUACCAGCCCCAACAGAGCCUUUCAAACCACGAUCUUAUCACGCCGGUGAACCAGCGGGCCCAAUUCGACAACGCGUCCCGCAAGGGCCUGAUGGCGCUGUCGAUGCUGAUGGGCCGUUUUUUCAAAAAGAAAGAGGCCUUCUUUGACGACGAUGCUGGUUACGACAUAGGCGACGUCUCCGGAAACACCGUCACCUUCAACGAUAUCAAACACCUACGCGACAACAACUCCCGCUACAGCAUUCUGUCCCGCACAGUAGACCUGACUCCGAUCAUCCCGGUGUUAAACGCCGGUGGGAAACAAGACUCCCAAAACAACAUCCAGUACAGAAAGUACAUGAACCACAAGAAGAAAAUGGAGAUGGCCCAGGGCGCCCGCGCCAUGUCGCUAGCGGGCAACAACUCCAUGACCCUGAUGACCCCAGAUGGCAGAGCCAUGUCCAUGGGCAUGAUGAGCGAUCCGCGUACCAUGUCUAUGGGUGCUGCUCAGGGACCCAUGGGCAGGCCCAUGUACCCAAAUCAGGGGCCUCGAGCCAUGUCGAUGCGUCCCGGUCCCGGUCCCAGGCCGCCUCCAGGCCGCCAGAUGCCACCAAACAUGCGGACAAACUCGCUCAACAGCAACGUCAUGUUGAACCUGGCUCCUCAGGGCUUGCUGCCACACGCCAUUCGCUCACAAUCGCUAACUCAGGGUGGCAGACCUUUCCCAUCCCCUCGUGGACCCGGUUCCAACGGUUACUAUCAACCUGGUCCCUAUGCUCACAACGGCCCCAUGCCCCAGGGUAUGCCUCAGGGCAUGUACCAAGGUAUGCCUCAAGGAAUGGGUCCGCCCCAUGGCAUGCAACAAGGUCCACCAAUGGGUCGCCCCAUGGGACCCAACGCUCGUUAUAAUGGUAUGUCUCCACACGCUGCUCAGUCUAACGAGUCUUUCAUGAACGUUGUCAAAGAAGAGGAUGAAAAGGAAGAAGCACUGGAGACAUCACAAUCGCUUGAUCACCGCCUGGCUGAAGUCGACCUCAACAAACUUCCGGAGGACGAGGAAGAUAUUGUCUAUAAGUUUGAGAACGAUGCUACGAGCCCGCAGAUUUCCAGAAAGUCUACCGUGAAGAAGUCCAACUCCAUGCGUGUUCGCAAGCUAGAUUUGUUCAAAAAAGAGACUCAAGGAUCGCCCGAGACAGUGUUCGAGGACCGUGACUCCCUAUCGUUUAACAUGGACACAGCACGCGACCGUACCUCAAAGAAGCUGAACUUCGACCUUGAUGACCACGAGGUGUCGGACUUCAACAGGCAAAGCGCCCAAAAGUUCCAGACUUUGGGCUCCUCUGCUUCAGAGCCUGAUGUCUUCACCACUGCAUCUGAGUUCUCCCCAAUGAAAAAUGCUGGUAAGACGGAUUCUGAAAAGGUUGAAGAUCCUUCAACCAUCUCCCCGACUAACAAUGCCGAAAGAGAGGCUGCAAACGAUUCUGUCACUACAGAGGCAGUCACGCCGAACACCCAGAAACGCAAGGUUAUUAAGAUGAAAAGCUUGGUUGCCAACACUGCUUUCAACAACUUUCGCUCACCUUCGAGCAACUCUCAAGCCACAUUCAGUCUGGAAUCUAACUCAAAGGAGUCGUCAGAUUUCGACCACCACGAUAAGAACUAUCCCAACUCCAGCAAAAUAUCUAUUUAUUCGCAUGACUACUCCAAGGCUGACAAGGGUUUUUCACCUGAGGAAACCGCAAAAAGUGCCCACUUGGAUGAUGAAACAACAUUUGAUCAAAACUCACUCAAUGAGGAGAAACCUACCGUGCCGCCAAAGCCAACAGACUCAGCUCCAGCAUCAUCCCCAACGAGAGUCGGCAGCGAUGUGAUUUUCGAGAACCAGUCUGGCGGUGAAAGCUACCACGCUCAAUCUUCAGACUAUGUCUCUUCCAAUGACACUAGAAGCGAAGACGUUCUCGCUCGUUCAGGUUCAUCCGGAUUUUUGUCGAGGUCUGGUUCCGAUAUACACAUGGAAAGGCAUGCUCAACCAGGCUUAGCGGACGAUCGCAGGGUACCUUCAUCAGCAGACUCCGAAAUCAAGGAGAAGAGAAAAUCAAGAAACUCCUCCAUUUCCAGCAAAUCUAAGAACUUCAUCAAGAGAUUGUCAAGAAGUGGUUCGAAGUCCGUGGACAAUGAGUCUAUGCUGAAGCACAGAAGCGUGUCUUCCAUCUCCUCCAUCAAAGAUGUGGCUCCUACUAAGAGACCACUUCACUUCACAAAGGAGGAGUUGGCCAUCAUGACAUGUAACAAUGAUUUGCAGAAUGAGUUGCAAUUGGUGGCCAGUGAGCUUGCUGGUCUGAUAAAGCGUGAGCUCGCUCUUGAAAAUCAAUUGAAAUGGAGAGGUGGUGAUCAAGAGCGCGAUAAUGAGUUGACGAAUAAAGAUUUGGAGUAUGAAUCUCGUGAGAAAUCGAGGCAGAUUGCCCUCUUGCAAGAAAAGUUGAACAGCGAAAGAAGACUUCGUUUCAUCAGUGAGGAGCAUGCAAUCUUAGCUGAGCACGGGCAAACACCUAGUGCAUUGAAGUUGGACUACGAGAAGAAUGAGCUUUAUAAGCAGUUGUUGGCUAAGAAUGAUCUCGUGAAUCAAUUGCAAGACAAGCUUGACGAGGCGCAGAGAAGUAAGAAUGAGAGAGGUGACGACAACUUGUUGGAAAACUACAACGAGUUGUUGAGAAAGAACCAUGAGCUUCAAUCGCAGUUGAAUAACCAAAGCAAAGCGGACCAGGCAUCCAGUUGGUAUUCCUCAGAAGACCUCAGCACCCGUCGUGAGUCACUUCUUGACAAGGACUCCGAUAGAGCAGAAAUCAUGUCUUUGAGGACUCAAAGAGAUGAACUCAGGGAAAUGAUCACGAAGCUUACCUCAUCACAGAAUGUCGAACUCAAAAUUGCCAACGAUAAAAUCAAAACGCUUGAGUUCAAGCUCGAAAAACUUAGUCUCAUCAACGACAAGUUGAGUCGCCGCGAGAGAAGCGAUCUGACUACGAAGGAAAUUAAUGGUCACAAGUUCUCUAGUGGCCAGGGGGGAAAAUUACAGGGAUUGUCAAUCGUUACACCAAAACGUAAUCUCUUUGAUGAAUAG